AUGUAUCAUCCUUACCCAAAUAAGAGAAUUAAUUUAAGUAGUUUUCAGGUAAAUUCUUCAACUUCAUUACAUUUACCUUUAACUCCACCAUUAUCAAAACCUUCAUCUCCAGUUAGAUUACCAUUAUCAACCACAUCUUCUAAUUCAACAGCUGCAUUAUAUAAUAAAUUCAUUAAUUGUUUACCACCAAUAGAUGUUAAAAUCUCAAUUUUAUGUACAUUAUGGUAUUUAACAUCAAUUAUUUCAUCUAAUUCUACUAAAGCUAUUUUAACUCAAUUCGAAUACCCAAUUACUUUAACAGAAUUUCAAUUCUCAUUAAAUGCCACUUUUUGUGUUGUAUUAUUAUUCAUUUUAAAUUUAAACCCUUCCUUAGUAAAAGUAUUUCCUUAUGGAAUUAUUCCAACAAAUUUAUCCAUUGCAAAAUUUUUAUAUCCAACUCCAAAAAUAAUUUCAACCACUUUACCAAUGGGUGGAUUUCAAUUUAUUGGUCAUUUAACUAGUCAUAAAGCAACUUCAUUAAUACCCGUUUCAUUAGUUCAUACCAUUAAGUCUUUGAGUCCUUUAAUCACUGUAUUUAUAUAUAAAGCAUUAUUUGCUGUUAACUAUAAAAUUAUAACUUAUAUAACUUUAAUUCCUUUAACUAUUGGAAUUAUGUUAACAUGUUAUAAACCUUCUAAAGGAAAUUCUUCUUCAUCAGCUUCUGCAUCUCCUUAUUAUCUUACUGGUUUAUUUUUUGCAUUCAUUUCAAUGUUAAUAUUUGUUUCUCAAAAUAUCUUUGCUAAAAAUAGAUUAACUAUAAAAGAAAAUGAUUCUUUACCAAAUUAUAAAGAUAAAAAACUGGAUGAUUUCAGACCUUUGAAUGAUAUUCAAAAUAAUAAUAAUAAUAUCAAAUUAGAUAAAUUAAGUAUAUUAUUUUAUUGCUCAGUUAUUGGAUUUUUAUUAACUUUACCAGUUUAUAUUAUAUCUGAAUUAUUCAAUAAUGAUAAAAUAUCAAUUUUUAACUUAUCUAAUUCAGUUCUUGUUUUAGUAAUUCUUAACGGUUUCAGUCAUUUUCUUCAAUCAUUAUUAGCAUUCCAAUUAUUAGGAAUGUUAAGUCCCGUUAAUUAUUCAAUUGCUAAUAUAUUAAAAAGAAUAUUUAUAAUUUUAAUAUCAUUUAUUUGGGAAAAUAAAUUAAAUUCAGCAAAAUUCUCUGGUUUGCAACAAUUUGGUCUUGGGUUAACAUUAUUUGGAUUAUAUUGUUAUGAUAGAUGGGGGACUACUUCACAACAUUAA